CAAUUUCAAACUUAAUGGAGUCAAAGAAUCUUACUAAAAGUUACUGAAAGGAAUCAAGUCUCAUUUCUGAAGAAGAAAAAGCAGACAAGGUCAAUAUUAACUAUAGUUAUGUUGAAAUGAGCCCCCAGAGGGGCAAAAGCAGUUCAGCCUCUAUUGACAAAAUCAAAAAUAUUCAACUCGUUGAGCGGAGAAAUUGGAAGGGCAUCUACCCUCCAACUGUUGGCCAUAAGCUACAGAAAAACGAAAAUAGUCUGGAGACUAUCUUAACUCAUUUAUCCAAGACUCAAAUUAAGGCAGCCCAAGAAGCUACUGAUUCAUUUCGAAAUAAAACUGAGCAUGUGCCAAGACUAAGUGGCUGCAAAAAGGAAAUAAGAAGCAUGGUGGUUCUCACUGCUCUACUAAAAGUACUCAAAAUGAAAAACUUCAAAAUAAUCAAACACAGGAACAAAAGAUCUGAGAGCCGCAAUAAAGAGGCCAAGAGAAAAGACAGAGGUCAUUCAAAAAGGAAGAAAAGUGAAAAGAGGCCUUCUACUGGGUCUAUAUGUAAGAGAAACUCCACUGCCCUUCCUGAUGAGAACAGUAUGAUAAAAAACAAGAUGAGAAAAUAUGGCUACUACUUUGAGCAAGAGAAUGAAGACAAAGGAUACGAAGUUAUCAAAUUCAAAUGUAUCAAAGAAUCUGAAAUGGUUAAAAAGACUGAAUACCAGAGCAGCAUGUACUCUAAGUUCAAUCUAUUACUUUUUAAGCUGAUAAAAUGAGACAUCAAGCUCAUUAGGUCUAUCUUCCUGAACAAUGGAUUUACAGCUACUGACUCUCAUGACUGGAAUUGUCUCUGGAUCAAUUCUAGUGGGAAGAGCUAUCUAUACGAGAAUCUUAACAGAUACCAGAAGAUCAAUCAUUUUCCUCACAGCUAUGAGCUUACUAGGAAGGAUAGACUAGCGUACAAUAUUGGAAAGAUGCAGAGAAGAUUUGGAGAGCUUGAUUUUGAUAUCUCUCCUGAAACUUUCGUCCUCCCAGACCAAUUUGAUGACUUUUAUGAAAACUAUAAGUUUCUUAAAUAAAGAAAUCCCUGAGAGAAAUAUGUGGAUCAUUAAGCCAGCAGCUGGCGCAAGAGGGAAAGGAAUCUACGUAACCGAUGAUAUUGAUGAUAUUAAUGAGGAUAGCUCAAAUGUAGUCUCAAGGUACAUUACCAAUCCUCUUCUCAUAAAUGGUUACAAAUUUGAUCUGAGGAUUUACGUCUGAGUCACUAGCUACGAGCCGCUAAGAGUCUAUGUCUAUAAAGAAGGCCUAGUACGAUUUGCUUCUGAACAGUACGAAAAUUUCAAUGAGCAGAAUAUUCAAAGUGCAGGUGAAGACGAAGAAGAGAAUUAUUAUGCUUCAAACAAAGAGAAUAAAUAAAUGGAGGAAGAAACGUUACGCACACCUGACUAAUUAUAGCAUUAAUAAAAAGAACUCUAAUUUUGUUAAGAACGAAUCCCUUGAUCAAGAUGAUGUAGGUGGAAAAUGGAGCCUCUCAGUUUUGUGCAAGCAUAUGGAAAAGAUUGGUAUUGAUAUGAGUCUUCUAUGGUCAAGAAUAUACGACAUCAUUCUCAAGGUCAUUAUCACAGGAGAGUAUCCAAUUACAAAGAAGCUCAAGACCUCGAACAUUGACCAGAGAAACUGCUUUGAACUAUAUGGAUUUGACAUCCUAAUAGACUCAGAGUUGAAGCCCUGGUUAAUAGAAGUAAAUCUAUCGCCUUCAUUAGGGACAGAUUCUCCUCUAGACUUUCAUAUAAAGUCAACUCUCCUCACAGAUACAUUCAAUCUAGUAGGAAUUAAAUAGGUUCGAUCGUAAAUAAGGAAAGUUUGUCCAAAAUGGCAAGCAGAGUCAGGAAUAUUGCUGAAGAAAAGAAGACCAAAAAUAUCCUCCAGCGGUACAAGAAGUUACUAGAGAAAACAGGUGGUAAAUCUGGCUCUAAAUAAAUCUCAUAAUAUUGAAAACAAGAUUGGAGACAACAAUCUUGUGACUAAUGCUUAUGAUAAUGAACUAUUCUACUCUAAUAUUAGCCCUCAGUCUGCAAAGAAGGAUAUUAAGGAGAAGAAUUGUUUCAGCUCCCUUGGAGAGAAAUGUCAAGAUCUCCUCUCAAAAAUGUCCUUGGCAAAAUUUAAAAGUGAGAUCCUUGAAACUCUUGAAGAGCGAUGCCGCACAGGAAAUUAUGUAUGAAUUUAUCCCUCUGAGGGCUGAAAUAUGUAUGAUUACUUCUUUAUUAACACAAAGCAAGUUAACUGAGCGAUUUAUGAAUUUUUAUACUGUCCAAAAUACGGCUUUCUUAAAGAAAUGAAAGAAGAUGUGAUUCUUGACGUCUCAAAAAGACUCAAUUUUGGAGAGAUCCAAUCAACAAAAUAUCUGAACAACUUUGGUAAAGAUAAUCUAGAAAACUCCUGCCACAAACCUAAAACUCCGAAGAUACUCGAACUAGUUGUGGAAUACCUUAGUAGACUUGUUAUUUCAAUCAAAGAUCUUGAAGGAAAAGUUUUGAAAUCUUCUCUUAGAGAGAAUAUUAAUUCCUUUGUGUCUCACAAAAAUUGGUCUAAAAGUCUCAUUACUAGUAUCAACUCUUUUUCAGUAAGCAACAAUGAACUUGCUGCUAAACUAAUGGAACGGAUUGAAGACAGUUUGUUCGAUACGUUCCAUUUCUCUGAAUUCAAGAACAAUAAUUCUGAGAAUCAGUUCUUCAAUACAUUUGAAUACUCCAAAAAUGUGGCUAAGAAAGUCGAGAAAGCCAUUUCCAAACGAGAAGUACCUGCCUUCAUGAAGGAUCCAUUAAGCGACAAAGACCUUGAAACCAGCAUCCUUACAGCAAAGAUUUCAGGUACCAUCUAUACUCAAGACAUGUUGAAGCUUCUGAUUCCUGAAUCAGGCUCAGGAGUUCUCAUAAAAUUCAAAAAGAUGGCGAUUCAUUCCCAAACCCAGUCAAGGGAUAAUUCGAGGAUAGAGGAAAAGAAAGUCCAAAGAGUUAUGAAGACCUCUGGUCACUCUCAAGGAAGUUCUUUCUUAGAAAAGACAUCUAUAAUCCCAGAUAGAAGGAUGUUCAAGGCUAAUCGGAAAAUAGAGGCAUCUUCCAAUUUUUCAAAGGAGACGAAGUUCCCAGUGAUAGUUGCACAGGAGAGCCAGAAAAUGGAUAUAUACAGUUAUGUAACUCAUACAGAGAAAUUUAAAAAUAAGCCUAAGCCAAAGCCUUUGAAAGAUUUUACGAAGCUAGUUAAGAUUAAAGAUAGUAAGAAAAAGAGGAAGAAUGCCCCUUCCUCCAACUAUAUAGAGACUCUUUAUAACCCUAGAGGACUAUCUCAUGGACGGAAGAAAGGCAAACUGCAUAACUUGUUGAGGGAAAUCUAGUCAGAAUUCAUGAAGUUUGAUUUCUCAAAAUAUUCAAUUUAUUCU